CGUUGGAAGCAGCCAAUGGGCGCUCUGGAGGCGGGGCCUCCCGCUGUGGGAGCGGCGGCGGGAACCUUCCCUCAGUCCCGGAGGCGGGCCGGGCUCUGGAUUCAUGGAGGGAGCCGAGGGGCCGAGUACAGAACUUGCCAAGGCCAUCAAACCUAUUGAUCGGAAGUCAGUCCAUCAGAUUUGUUCCGGCCAGGUGGUACUGAGUCUCAGCACCGCUGUGAAGGAGUUGGUCGAAAACAGUGUGGAUGCCGGUGCCACUAAUAUUGAUCUAAGGCUUAAAGACUAUGGGGUGGACCUCAUUGAAGUUUCAGACAAUGGAUGCGGGGUAGAAGAAGAAAACUUUGAAGGUUUAACUCUGAAACAUCAUACUUCUAAGAUUCAAGAGUUUGCUGACCUAACCCAGGUGGAAACUUUCGGCUUCCGGGGGGAAGCUCUGAGCUCACUUUGUGCCCUGAGCGAUGUCACUAUUUCUACCUGCCACGCGUCUGCAAAGGUGGGAACUCGACUGGUGUUUGAUCACAAUGGGAGAAUUGUCCAGAAAACCCUCUACCCACGGCCCAGAGGGACGACGGUCAGUGUCCAGCAGUUGUUUUAUACGCUUCCUGUGCGCCAUAAGGAGUUUCAGAGGAAUAUUAAAAAGGAGUAUGCCAAAAUGAUCCAGGUCUUACAUGCCUACUGUAUCAUUUCAGCAGGCGUCCGUGUAAGUUGCACCAAUCAGGUUGGACAAGGAAAGCGACAGCCUGUGGUGUGCACAAGUGGAAGCACCAGCAUCAAGGAAAAUAUUGGAUCAGUGUUUGGGCAGAAGCAGUUGCAAAGCCUCAUUCCUUUUGUGCAGCUGCCCCCUAGUGACUCCGUCUGUGAAGAGUACGGGCUGAGCUGUUCUGACGCUCUGCAUAAUCUGUUUUGCAUCUCAGGUUUCAUUUCUCGCUGUGCUCAUGGUGUUGGAAGGAGUUCGACAGACAGACAAUUUUUCUUUAUCAAUCGACGGCCUUGUGACCCAGCAAAGGUUUCCAGACUCGUGAAUGAGGUCUAUCACAUGUAUAAUCGACAUCAGUAUCCAUUUGUUGUUCUUAACGUUUCUGUUGAUUCAGAAUGUGUUGAUAUCAAUGUUACUCCAGAUAAAAGGCAAAUUCUACUCCAAGAGGAGAAGCUUUUGUUGGCAGUUUUAAAGACGUCUUUGAUAGGAAUGUUUGAUAGUGAGGUCAACAAACUUAAUGUCAAUCAGCAGCCGCUGCUGGAUACUGAAGGGAACCUAAUAAAAAUACACUCAGCAGAGGUGGAACAACCUUUGCCAGAAAAGCAGGAUCGUCCCGCAUUGUCCAGGACUCGAGGGGAGGAGAAGCGGGCGGUGACCAUUUGCAGACUGAGAGAGGCCUUUUCCCUUCAUCACGUGACAGGGAGCAAGUCUCAGGGCCGGAAGGCUGCUGAGCCCAGACGGAUUUCUCCAAGACAGAAAAGAAGCGCACAGUUUCGUAGCACUUCCGACUCCCUCUGCCCCCAGAAGCCCGUCUCUGCCACAGGCUCGUCCAGCCCCCGGGAAGAGGUGACGAGCUCAGAGGAGGAUGCCUGUGACCGCACGGACAAAGUGGAGAAGGACUCAGGGCACAGCAGCACUUCAGCCGGCUCAGGGGAAGCGUCCAGCACCCCAGAAACGGGCCGCCACUCCAGCAGUGACCGCACAGCAAGCUCCCCUGAAGACAGGUUUUCACAAGAAAAUGUGGAGUCUUGUCAGAAGUUACCUGAAACUGGCCAUCGUUUUUCAGACACAGAACGCCAUUUAGGCCAUGAAGAUAGUGGAUCUAAAUUUAGAGUUUUGCCUCAGCCAACUAAUCUCACAGCCUCAAACACAAAGCGUUUGAAAAAAGAAGAAAUUCCUUUAAAUUCUGACAUCCUUCCAGAGUUGGUUAACACUCAGAGCCCGUCAGUUUCUCAAGUUGAUGUAGCUGUUACAAUUAACAAGAAAAUAGUGCCCCUUGACUUUUCUAUGAGUUCUUUAGCUAAACAAAUAAAGCGGUUACAUCACCAAGAACAAAAAAGAGCAGGUGAACAGAAUUAUAGGAGGUUUAGGGCAAAGAUUUGCCCUGGAGAAAAUCAAGCAGCAGAAGAUGAACUAAGAAAAGAGAUAAGUAAGACGAUGUUUGCAGAAAUGGAAAUCAUUGGCCAGUUUAACUUGGGAUUUAUAAUAACCAAACUGGAUGCCGACAUCUUCAUAGUGGACCAGCACGCCACGGAUGAGAAAUACAACUUCGAGAUGCUCCAGCAGCACACUGUGCUCCAGGGUCAGAGGCUCAUAGCACCGCAGACUCUCAACUUAACUGCCGUCAAUGAAGCUGUUCUGAUAGAAAACCUGGAAAUAUUCCGAAAGAAUGGCUUUGAUUUUGUUAUCGAUGAAGGCGCUCCAGUCACUGAAAGGGCUAAAUUGAUUUCCUUGCCGACCAGUAAAAACUGGACCUUUGGCCCUCAGGACAUAGAUGAACUGAUCUUCAUGCUGAGCGACAGCCCUGGGGUGAUGUGCCGGCCUUCCCGAGUCAGGCAGAUGUUUGCCUCCAGAGCCUGUCGAAAGUCUAGGGGAGAGCCAGGAAGAGGAGCCGCGUGCUCUGGCAUACCUUUAAAAGGAAUCUUUGGGUGUUUUGCGGAGAACGGCUUGAAGGGCUCAAGGGGGAACCGCUGCAGUUGCCGAGAGGGCGGUCGUGUUGGAGCUGAGACUGGUGGAUCCUGGACAGGUGUGGUCGGGUCUCUAGAAAGGUGUGCUGCCCUGGAGGAGCCAUGGAGGUCCGGGUCUCACAAAAAGUGGAGGGCUGGGCUCUUUGAAGGUGAUGAUCGGAACCGCGCUCAACGCGAGCGAGAUGAGGAAGCUCAUCACCCACAUGGGCGAGAUGGACCACCCCUGGAACUGCCCCCACGGAAGGCCCACCAUGCGGCAUAUCGCCAACCUGGACGUCAUUUCUCCAAACUGAUGGCAUUCCUCAGUUUUUAGGACUCUAGAUUUUAUCGCAGCUUUUUCUGUUUUGAAAGACAGGGUUUUAACUAGCCAUUUUUGUUUGUUUGUUUCAAAAUUAACCUGCUCCUUAAACAAAGUACUAGAUCCAUUUAGAAAUGACCUAGAGAUCCUUUUUAAAUCAUGUGGAGCGUUGCUUGCACAUUUUUUGUUCUGCAUUUGAAUGUGUGUGUGCGUGUGCGCGUGUGUGCAGGCGAGAGCAUGUUGUACAAAAAUGGGAAGAGCACUUGCGGAGUGACCCAGGCCUCUGCUCUGGCCAGACGUGCUUUAGGCUCCAACUCUCAGCCUUUAAUGAUGACAAAAUUCAUAAUGGUUUCGUUUCAUAAAUGUAAAAUUAUGGCCUUUUGGGAUUAGUGGUUCUCAACCCCGAUGCUCGUGAAAUUUAAAAAAAGGAAUAAUCCAGAAAACCCAAGGGGGGAUUCUCUGCCCAGCUGGAAGAAAACCGGGUGGGGCUGAGGUCACUAUUUUUAGAUGUUCCCUGGCGCAGUCAGGGUGGCAAAGCACUGUUGUAGGCAAGGAAAAAUAAAAGACUUUGAGUUUCCUGUAACCUUAA